AUGCCGCAUCCAGACCCCUUUGGGGACGAGAACCGCUCGCCCAUGAUGGACCCUCACCAUGUGAACAGCUUCAACAAUCGCACACCGUCCCCAGGGCGACCACUAGAGAGUUACCAGCUCCAUGACAACCCUUAUGGACAACAGGGCCACCUGCCUAUGCCGUCGAGCGAUCGACUCGCCGAGCAACCUACAUACUCUGUCGAGAAUGUUCACAACUCCUACGGCCACCACGAAGCCUACGAAGGACAUGCUGCUGCACAGCCCUACGGCUACCACCAAGAUUACACGGUUGACCCCGAAGCCCACCAUGACGCAUACUAUACCCAACCAUACGAGCCGGCGCACACGCCCCAUGAUGAUUAUGACCUAGGCCAGUACCCGGAGGGUGGCCACACUCCCUUUGACGAUAAUGCGCCCAUGCUACAAGCCGAGAAUCCCUUCGGGCCGGACCCGUAUGACGGACAGUACCAGGAUGAGCCGCGGCCCACCCCCAGCCCGGCUCCUAUCAAGCGAUGGAAGACGGUCAAAGAAGUUCAGCUGUUCAACGGCAAUCUCGUUCUCGAUUGCCCAAUUGCCCCGAAACUGCUCAGCCAGGUGCCUCACGCAGAGCCCCCUGGUCGUGACGAAUUCACCCACAUGCGUUAUUCCGCUGCGACUUGCGACCCGGCGGACUUUUUCGAGGAGCGAUUUACGCUGCGCCAGAAGCUCUUCGCAAAGCCGCGUCACACUGAGCUUUUCAUCGUGGUGACCAUGUACAACGAGGACGACUUCUUGUUCGCCCGCACAAUGUCCGGUGUGUUCAAGAACAUCGAUUACAUGUGCUCGCGCACGAGUAGUAAGACCUGGGGCAAGGAUGCAUGGAAGAAGAUUGUGGUUUGCGUGAUCAGUGACGGUCGUGCGAAGAUCAACCCCCGUACCCGCGCCGUGCUGGCUGGUCUGGGAGUGUACCAGGACGGAAUCGCCAAGCAGCAGGUCAACGGAAAGGACGUGACGGCGCAUAUUUACGAAUACACUACUCAGGUCGGUUUGGAGGUCAAGGGUACUCAGGUCCACCUGAAGCCUCGGUCGGGCCCUCCCGUGCAGAUGAUUUUCUGUCUGAAGGAGAAGAACCAGAAGAAAAUCAACUCGCAUCGUUGGUUCUUCCAGGCCUUUGGGCGUGUGCUGGACCCGAACAUUUGCGUGCUGCUCGAUGCUGGUACCAAGCCUGGCAAAGACUCGAUCUACCUCCUGUGGAAGGCGUUCGAUUUGGAGCCCAUGUGUGGUGGUGCUUGUGGUGAGAUCAAGGUCAUGUUGUCGCAUGGCAAGAAGCUCCUCAACCCGCUGGUCGCUGGACAGAACUUCGAGUACAAGCUUAGCAAUAUCCUUGAUAAGCCUUUGGAAUCGGCCUUUGGUUUCAUCUCUGUCUUGCCUGGUGCUUUCUCUGCUUACCGUUUCGUUGCCCUCCAGAACGAUAAGAACGGCCAAGGUCCGCUCGAGCGGUAUUUCCUUGGAGAGAAGAUGCAUGGUGCCAAUGCCGGUAUCUUCACUGCCAACAUGUACUUGGCCGAGGAUCGUAUUCUCUGUUUCGAGAUUGUGUCCAAGCGCAAGUGCCGCUGGCUCUUGCAGUACGUCAAAUCGUCCACCGGCGAGACUGAUGUGCCCGACCGCAUGGCCGAGUUCAUUCUGCAGCGUCGUCGUUGGCUGAACGGUAGUUUCUUCGCUGCCGUCUACGCUAUCACCCACUUCUACCAGAUCUUCCGCAGUGAUCACAGUUUCCUCCGCAAGUUCAUGCUGAUGAUCGAGUUCAUCUAUCAAACCAUUGCGAUGAUUUUCGCUUGGUUUGGAAUUGGUAAUUUCUUCCUGGUCUUCCACAUUCUUACUACGUACCUGGGCAGUGAUGAUCUCCUGGGUACUGCUGGUAAGGUUCUCGGUAUCGUCUUUGAAUGGCUCUAUCUCGCCACGCUGGUCACUUGUUUCGUUCUCGCUCUGGGUAAUCGCCCAGGUGGUUCAAACAAGUUUUACAUGACCAUGGUGUACUUCUGGAUUUUCAUCAUGAUAUACCUGUCCUUCGCGGCAGUGUUCGUCACGGUGAAGUCCAUUCAGACUGAGGUGGCUUCGAACAGUUUCUCGGUCAGCGACUUGUUCACCAACAAAACGUUCUUCUCGAUCAUCGUGUCACUUGGUUCGACCUAUGUUAUGUGGUUUGUUGCCUCGUUCAUCUUCAUGGACCCAUGGCAUAUGUUCACCUCUUUCAUCCAAUACAUCCUCCUCACCCCGACUUACAUCAACGUUCUCAACAUCUACGCCUUCUGCAACACCCACGAUAUCACAUGGGGUACCAAGGGUGACGACAAGGCUGAGAAGCUGCCUUCUGCUACCUUGAAGCCCGGUGGUGGUGUCGACGUCAACAUUCCUCAGGACGAUGGCGAUCUGAAUGCUCAAUACGAGGCCGAGCUGGCAAAAUUCGCCACCAAGCCUCCCAAGGAAGUUCAGAACAUCUCGGAAGAGGAUCGCCAAGCCGACUAUUACAAGGGAUUCCGAAGUGCUGUCGUGUUGGCUUGGGUGUUCUGUAAUUUCGCGCUCGGCGCGGUCGUACUGAGUGCCGCUGGUCUGGAGACCUUUGACGACACAUCAUCCACCGACAGUACCAACCAGGAUACUACUCAGACCGAGCGGUCGAUGAUUUACAUGGAGGUUGUCCUAUGGUCCGUGGCCGGACUUUCAAUGUUCAAAUUUUUGGGUGCAAUGUGGUUUUUGGUGGUUCGGAUGUUCCGCGGCGUUUGA